UGCGUUUUGUCUUGACUUUUUUUCUAUAAUGCAGUCCAGGUGAUAAUCAUAAGUAACUAAAUACUGGGAUUUUUUUGUAUAUUAUCAAGCUUAGCACAUAACUAAAACAUUGGAUAAAUAUUUUUAAUUGAUAGAAGAUUAGGUGUUACCAUGGAUACCGAGGGCCACAAACACAGCCGAGUUGUGUUAAGCAAGCGACUGUCUUGAUUAUUUCGUAAGAAAUUUCAUCAUACAGGAUUAAAAAAAAAAAAGAGAACAUGUACAAAGUACAAUUCCCUGUUGACCAAUCGGUUGAGACUGCUGUGGAGCGGAGACAGGCUGCCGAGGCUGCACGCAAGACUCGAAUUUUCAAUACAAGGCAGCGUGUCAUGGGCCUUGACCUGGAUGCACUGCACAAACAAACGCUGGAGAAAAAACACAGCAAAGAAAUGGAGCGAGAAAGGGACAAAGAUUUUGACAAGCUGAGACUGAAGCAUGAUCAAGUGCUGUUGCAGAGAGACACGGAGGAAAGGAAAGUGCGUGAAGCUUUACACGCUGGCCUGACUCAGUACUGGAACAUCCAGCAGCGUGUGGAAGACUCGCGUGAUGCCGGUCUCAAGUGUGGCUUGAGGGGGGUAUUCGGGAUCACUAUUCCAGCGGCUGAGCUUGGGCCUUCCAGCAUGCAGACCUUUCAGGGCGAAGAUAUUGGAGCGGCACAACGGAAGAGAGAACAAAUGAAACAAACAGCAAGAGAUCUUCUGGCACAAAGGGUCCAGCAGGAGAGAAGCUGUUUUGAGGACAAGCACCGAAAGAUGCUGGCUGAGAAAGAACUGUUGCAACAGGACCACAGCUGGAGACAGCUACACAGUGCUGAGGAAAAAGGCAGAAAAGCUGCCCGGAUCGCUCUUGACCACUACAAUCAAGCUCUGGCUACCGAGCAGGCUGAGCGACUGCAGGAGUCACGUCGGAGAGAGGAGAGGGAGAAUCUUGCUGAAAAGUGGCACACAUUGACAUCCACCAUGAUGACAGAGGGUUGGGAAGCUGCCGUGAGCCAGCUGCAGAAAGGGAAGCCUGCUGCGACCGACAUGUGGAAGGGCAUCAGCCCCGAGCAGCUGAGCGCCAUCUACAGGGAAAGGGAGGCACAAUGCAUGGAGAGACAGAGAUGGCGUGAUACUGAGAAGAACCGGGAGGCAGCCUGGAAUUCUCAACUCUUGAAGGCAUCCGGUGAAGCCCGGCAAGAGGAAAAGAGAACGGCAGAACUCAGGAGAGCAAAGCGGAUCCAGGCAGACCAGUUCAACAAGCAGCUGGCCAAAGAGCAACAAGCACAUCAGCAGUAUUUGGACAAGGAUCUGUACGCCAACAAACCCACCCAGGAAUACUUCUGCCAAUUUAACACCACCUCUCGCUGAUGCUGACGCGUGACAUUGUAAUACACAAUGAAAAGUACAUAUAAUGCCAUUCUGUUUUAUGUUUUUAAAAUUAAGUUGAGUUCUGGCGGUGCGAGGUUGGCCGGUUGAUUUUUGUUUCAAUGCAAAUCCAGUAGCUCUGAAAUUGGGAAACCAUAAAAAGAUCGUGUUUCGAGCUGGUACGGGAUCAUGUCUACCAAGAUUGAAGAGCUAACGAAUCUGUAACUGCAA